AUUGAGGGGAAUUGUCGGCGGCACAGCAUUUGUUGCUGUUUAUUUAUAUUUUUAAAUGCUGACCGAACGGUAAACAUUGCACAUGGCCACAUUAAGCGAAACAUUUCGUGCCCACUGGCUGAUCGCGACCUUUGGCCUGGGCCUGUUCGUAGCCGGCUCCAGUGUACUCUACUGGAACGAGGGACGCGCGGUGCACACAAUGCUGGCCCUGGACGAGGCAUACGCCGACAUCUACUCCAUGCAGUUCACCGAGGAGGAACAGGACCUGAGCUUUGAUAAUCGCAUUGUGCAUCUAUCGGGGCCCAUCAUCUGUGGCGAGCCGCUCACCGAACCGGACUACAACAUACAGCUGAUGGCGGUCAAGCUCAGGCGGCGCGUCCAAAUGUACCAAUGGGUGGAAGAGUCGGUCGAGCAUAACUUUGGCGAGAGCGUCGGCACCGAGGCCGAUUCACGCACCUAUUACUAUACGCGCGAGUGGCGCGACAAAAUCGUGGACUCGCGCAACUUUUACAAUCGUCAUGGACACACGAAUCCGCAGCGCUUUCCCAUAGAGAGUGCCGUGCAGGUGGCCGAUGCCGUUUACAUAGGCAAAUACGAGCUGGGCGCCCAGGUGAAGAACAAGUUCAACAACUACCACGAGUUAACCUCGGACAUCAGGCCCGACGACAGCGGUAUCAAGCUGCAUCUGGGCCUUUACUAUCACACCGAAGAUGUGUUCAAUCCCGAAGUUGGCGAUCUGCGCAUACUCUUCAGCUAUGCGGGCAUGGAGGGUGAAAUGUACAGCGUGGUGGGCAGGCUCCAGGGCAACAAGCUGGAGCCAUAUGUCACAACACGCGGCGUGCCCGUGCUGCUCGUCUAUCCGGGCGAGAUCAGUGCCCUGGAAGUGUUCCGCCUGGAGUAUCGCGCCCAGGUGCUGCACACUUGGUGGUGGCGCUUUAUCGGCUGGCUGCUGAUCUUCUUUGGCGUCAACUGCAAUACAAAGCUGCUGCGUGUCAUAUUGCUUCGGGUGCCGCUGCUGAUUGCUUUGGCGCCGGAUUCGCAUUAUCCGGUGACGGGCAAUUUCCUCAUCGCCUUCUCGCUGGCGCUGACCAUUGCUGCCGUGGCCUGGAUCCUGCAUCGUCCUGUGAUCGGCGCCUGUCUAUUUCUGGCCGGCGCCUCGCCCUAUGUAUGGCUAACACGCAAUAUUGUGGAUUAUCAGCGCGUGGAUUGAGCCAUGCCGCAUCCCAGAAAACCAAAUCAGGUUCAUGUAACUAUUUACAAAGAUUAUUUGUCUAGCUUUUUGUCAGUGCCAUGUGUUGUCUGCGUCUUCUGCCAAUAAAUAACUGAAUAACACCUA